GCGUCAUCUGCGGUCUGUUCAAACAUGGAGGAGAGAGAACGAACAAGUGUCAACUCCGAAAGUAAAGAAGCUGCAACAUCCCGCCCGCAGCAGGAUCCGGCUGCAGCUGCAAACCCCGGUGGUGAUGGAGACACUAACGUGUGCUCCGACAGCUUCGACCCGCUGCUGGCUCUGUACUGCCCCGCCGCGCCGCGGCUCCCCUUCCCCAACAUCAAGUGUUUCAACAACGUGGCGGAGUACGAGAGCUUCCUGAAGGGCGGCCGGGGCCGAGCCAAGCCGGAGAAUGUGGAGAAGAAGCAGCGGAAGGCGACGAGGGGAGCGGCGGACCCGCAGCGCAUCGAGAGGCUGCGGAGGCUGAUGGUGAACAACCCGGCGCCGGCCGAGGGGGAGGCGGGGAGCCGAGUACCGGCCCGGAGGAGGAACCGCGUCCAGAAGAACGUGCUGACCAGGAUGGCCCUUUGUAAGGGCAGUCCGCUGGGGCAGUUGCACCGCUGCAUCGAGGAGAGGAUACGCGUCAAAGUUCACAUCAGGAGCUUUAAAGGACUGCGGGGGGUCUGCUCCGGCUUCAUCGUGGCCUUCGACAAGUUCUGGAACAUGGCGAUGGUGGAUGUAGAUGAGACGUACAGAGAGCCUCUGUUCGGACAAGCCUUCUACCACGAGAAAGCCCUCACCAUCUCCCGUCUCUUUGAAAAGUUGAAUCUCCAGGAAGGCUCGGGUGGCAACGAGCCAGUUGAGAGGCAGGAAUCCCAGGAAAAAGUCGGCCAGCAUCAACCUACAAAUCCCAAAGCUGCUGGAAAGAGUGGCUCUGCUCAGCCUGCUAAUGUGAAAGGAGAUGGCAGGGCAGCAGAGUUGAAGCUGUCACAAGCUGUUAAACGGGAGGCACAGAAAGUGUCGCUGCAGGACCAGGAUUCACAGGAGAAACAACCUCAACCGUACGGGAAGGUCCGUACGCGCCACAUCAACCAGCUUUUCAUCCGUGGCGAGAACGUCAUCCUGGUUAACCCGCAACCUCUAUGAUCUAUGCAUUUAGUCUCUGAUGAUCUGUUUUACACUGAGCUUCUGUACCAGGGUGAGAUACUUAAUUUAGAUUCUGGUGAAUCAAACAAACUGUUGUAUCAUAUUGAUAUGGAGGUUUCUCUCAAUCCACUGAAGAAUAAAAGCUUCUCUCUUCCAA